UGCUCGCAACCUCCGGCCAAACGUGCAGCAGCAACAGUAGCUUGAGAUUGGCCUCCUUUUGAUAUCAUUCUCUUCCUCUCCCUCCAAGUGACAAAUUAACCUAAACCCUUCCCGAGCUCUUCUGGUCACUGCACAAAAUGGCCGUCUCUUCAGCCGCUCUCGUCGGGCUGCUCGUCGUCAGCUGCGCCGCGGCGGCCGCAGCCACGAGGUACACCGUCGGCGACGGGGAGGGCUGGACGACCGGCGUCAACUACAACAACUGGGCCAACGGCAAGUAUUUCAAACAAGGAGACGAACUCGUGUUCAACUACCAGAACGGGGCGCACACGGUGACGGAGGUGAGGCAGAGCGACUUCGACAGCUGCAACGGCAACAACCCGCUGAGCAACGACAACAGAGGCUCGACCACCAUCAGGCUCUCCUACCCGGGCACGCACUACUUCAUCUGCACCACCCAGGGCCACUGCAGCACGGGCAUGAAGCUCGCCGUCACCGUCAACGGCGACCCGUCGUACUCGGCCGGCUCCGUCCCGGCGGCGAGCGCCGUCGCCGCCGCGGCCGCCGGGGCCCUGGUCAAGCUCGCGCUGUUCUAAGAUGGCUGGCGCGUGCGCGUGGCGUGUCAGGGUAGAGACAGUGCAUGCGUUAAGCCAUGCAGGUUCUUCUUGGCCGUUGGUGAUUCGUGCAAUAAAUGCACGAAACUUAAGAUUGUUGUUGCAAAUCUAGUAAUUUGCUUGUGUCGCUGCCGUGUGGUUCAUGUCUGGGGCUCUGGGUAUGCCAAGGUUUGUGUUGGUGAAAUUUCUUGCGGUCGGUAUAAAUAAAACCAAGUAUGUUAAAAACAUCUUGGUGCAGUGAAUUAGAUGUAGAGUCGUGGGUGUAUAACUUUAUAUACAGUUUAAUUUCUCAACUGUGCAAUCCAGUUUAACCUCUCAACUUAAGAAACUUGUAUUUUGAGAGCCCUGUUAAGGAUGCAUAUUUCGUUUGUACUAUUUUCAAGUGUUAUCUUUUUAGAAGAAAUUUUGAGAUUUAUGGGUUUGUCCAUGCAUGUUC